CAUACCCAGAGCUCAGAGACACACAGAGAGCGAGAGAGAGAGAGAGAGAGAGGGAGAGAGAGAGGGGGGAGCGAAUGCACAAAGACAAAGACACAAAAGAGACAAAGCAAACAUCACGAAGACUCGUACCACUGGGAUACUACUGGAGCCCAUCUAAACCAAUUGGAUUACAUAGGAAUUCCGUUUUUAAAGAAGAACUGUUUGAGACUAAAUCAUGCCUGGAGAGGGGAGCAUUCAUGCGGAGGCUGCCGAGAUGCACGUGGCUGACAGUGAUCUUUCGGAACUGAUAAAGGCAGCGACAAAGGACAGCCACACCAGAGCGGAGAACACUGAGUUGAUGCGGAGCUACGUGAGGGGGCAGGUCUCCCCAUCCCAGUACAAGUUGCUCCUGUGUUCCCUGUAUGAGAUCUACAGCGCCUUGGAGGAGCAGCUGGACAGGAACGCGUCCCACGCUGCCGUCGCCCCCAUCUACUUCCCCCAGGAGCUGGCCAGGCUGGAGACACUGCAGAAGGACCUGGAGCACUUCUAUGGAGAGAGCUGGCGCCAGAGGAUCAUCGUACCCGCCGCCACACUCAGAUAUGCACAGAGGCUGAGAGAGAUUGGGGAGAAGCACCCUGAACAGCUGGUUGCCCACGCCUACACUCGUUACCUCGGAGACCUUUCGGGAGGGCAGGUGCUGGGGCGCAUAACCCAGAAGUCCCUGGGCCUGAAGGGCGGCGAGGGUCUGUCGUUCUUCUCGUUCCCGGCCGUGAGCAGCCCCGGCCUCUUCAAGCAGCUGUACAGGGGCCGCAUGAACAGCAUCGAGCUGACCCAGGAACAGCGCCAGGGGGUGCUGCAGGAGGCCAUCACAGCCUUCGAGUUCAACAUAGAGGUGUUUGAUGAUAUUCAGGAGAUGCUGAGCAUCACAGAGCCGGAGCCGGAACUGAGACAGAGGCACAGUAAACACAGCCACACGCGACUUUUACAAGAUGAUAAGAUGGCGGCCCAGGAGCUUCAAAUCUCCUCGCCCUGGCUCUCUGCCAUCCCGCUCAUCAGAAUGGUCCUGGGUGUCUGCGUCGCCCUGGCUGUCGGAAUGGGCAUCUAUGCAUUUUAAACACGCUCUAUGGACUCCGGUUUUCACCUCUCCACACAGAAAUGGGUCUGUUCAGAUCUUGUGUGUGUGUGUGUGUGUGUGUGUUGUGAAGACGAUGACAGUAUUAUGUCUGUAUCUUCUCUGUCAAACUGGGGAAGAGUACUUCCUCAGUGUUUUUUUAUUUCAUUGAUAAUCAAUGAUGAUGUAAAAUUAGCUGCGCACUAUUCAUUUAAUGUGUCUUUACUGUAAGAAAACCACCGCACUUAACUGAUCAGGUAACUUAUGCAUUGUGUAAACAUCCACCUUCCUGUAACAAUCAAAAUGGUUAGUUUGUUUGUAAAUGUUUUUUUUUAGUAAAUAUAAAAAUCUAACAUGGAAAUAUUUUGUUUUUGAAAACGUUUUAUAAUAAAACUAUUGUUAACAUA